GCGCGCACAGGCUCCGCGAAUCAGGACAAUUUGCAGCACUGUUGAGUUUUGUAGCAGCAUCUUAAAGCUCGUGUAGACAGACCCUUCACCACCCCUGACACCCCCCACCAUCUUUGGUCAUGAUGCUUCUCUGAGAGUGGGCUCGCUUUUAUUUUUAUUUCUUUCAACACGAGGGGGGAAAAAGGCUUAUCGCUUUCUUUUUGGUUUCUUUUUCUGCCAAGAGAUGAUGUUUUCGUCUGCAGGCAAGCGCUGCUUCACGAUAGAGUCUCUGGUCGCUAAAGAGAACCCUCUAACAGCCGAGGACCCCAUCCGCCCGACGGCUUUAAGUUACUCCAACCCGACGACAGAUGCCUUAAUGAACAGUUACCAGGCUCCACCACCGGCCAGAUCCCUCUAUCAAAGCCCGGACCUGGUGUUUCCGGAGACGAUGAACCACCCCUCUCUCACCGUGGCUCCUCACCAGCUCGGAGGCUCGCACCUACAGCACCCGCACUUCUUUGGGACGCAACACCGGGACCCGCUCAACUUUUAUCCUUGGGUCUUACGGAACAGAUUUUUUGGACACAGAUUUCAAGGUAACGACGUGUCCCAGGACAGCCUGCUCCUCCACGGUCCUUUCGCGAGGAAACCCAAACGCAUCCGGACGGCCUUCUCUCCCUCGCAGCUCCUCCGGCUGGAAAGAGCCUUCGAGAAGAACCACUAUGUGGUCGGAGCCGAGAGGAAACAACUGGCGAACAGCCUGAGUUUAUCUGAAACGCAGGUGAAGGUGUGGUUCCAGAACAGGAGGACGAAGUACAAGCGACAGAAGCUGGAGGAGGAGGGACCGGACAGCCAGCAGAAGAAGAAGGGGAACCACCACAUCAACAGAUGGCGCAUUGCCACCAAGCAGACCAGCUCCGAGGACAUUGACGUGACCUCAGAGGACUAAAUCUGCGGUCCAGCCUCUGACAAUGCUGCCCCUAAACCUUGCGUCCCCUUAUGACGCAUCAGAGGACCAAUACUAUUUAUUAUGUAAUAUUAUUAAGUAUAAUUAGACACAUUAGAGGAAGACUGGAGGACUUAAUAUGUGAUCACUGCUCAUCUCUUCAUCAAGGUGCUAUACUCAGUGACACUGGGGGGAAAACAUCUUAUUUAAUGAAAUCUGUUCUGGUUGUCUCUGGAUGAGGAGCGACUCUGUCAUCAUUUGAUCAUUUUGGUUGUGUGACAGCCAAAAAUGAAGAGACAUGACACCCUCUACCAUAGUGUUUGUUUUUUAAUUGUACAUAGACCAGUGAAGGGUAUUUGUUUCAUUAAAGCUGUAUUUUUUUUUUUUUUUACCACUUGCGUAGGUCAUUAACACAUCAUUGCUCACCCUGCUCCACCACCUGUGUACCAUGUUCAUUUACAUUUCUCCUCAAUUACAAGAAGGAGAUGACGCACACUUUGAAUCCGAGCGGACACGCUGGUCACAGACCAGAAGAAACCAAACAGGAAAUGGACUGCGCAUCACAGAACACGUAAAAAGAUCAUGAACGAUUGUAUCCCUACUUUCAUGACUUCAAAGCCACCUCGGCGCUUUGUUAAACCUCCUAAUGAAGACUCUUCACAGUAAUGUGACUCUCGGCCAGCUGCGCGUGACUCUGGGACAGACGAGAAGCCGCAGAGACCUCUGGUGUUGGGGUCAACUGGAGCUACAUAAUAAAAGUUCACAGCUUUGUGCUUCUUCUGCCGUGGCACAUUUGUGAUUGUGAAUGUGUCGAGAUUUCAUCAAGCGCUGUGUGUAGUGCAAAUCAUAUAUGAGAAAAAAAA